AUGGGGUUAUCGACAACCGAUAUGCGCGAAAUCAAGUCAACGAUCAUCAAUACCUUCAACGAAAAAUUUUUACAAGAAAUAGUGAGUAAAGUCGUACAACUGGUAGAAAAGCAGUUUGAAGAAAAACUUAACAGGAACGAGGAGGAAAAUAACAGACUCUUUGUGACAGGGUCGAGAAUUUGGAAAGGGAUAAUAGACGUCUUAUCAUGA